AAGAAUUUGCUGUCCUUUCUGAAGACCACUCUCAUUGGCCAUACUGAUGAGCCCUCAUGUACAGUUUCACAUGUUACUCAUCAGAAUUCUCUCGACGAUUUGUAUCCAUCUGAUGAAAAUAUCUCUCUUCAGUCUCCCCAAUGCUUAUCAACCAUAAGCUCCUCAGCCCUCAGCAAAGUCCACGUAGGCAGUGUCCUUGUCAAAUGUCCCGUAGAAUCAGAUAAUAGUCUGUCUACUUCUCUCGUGAAUGGCUUCAUUGUUCCCCUCCUGCAACCAAUUAUGAAACGAUUCUUUAUCACGGGACCGUACCCGAACCCUCAGGACCGCCUCAUCGCUGAAAUACGCCAUGCCUCUUCGGACGAGAUGAUUCGAUUCCUAUCCAUUGAUGAUCACGAUCGGCUACAGUUUCUAGAACAAAUCAGAUCUUUGCUUGAAAAUGACGUUCAACAAUUGAUAAACCUUGCGCAAGAUCGAUUUUCUGAAACUAGCAAUCUUAUCUCAACAGCAGCACGCUUACUCCUCCAUGAAUCUUCUAUUCGAUAUCAAAAUAUGCAACGCGAACUUUUUCUUGGUUCUGAUUUAAGUAACUCUUGA